GUUAGACCACUUUACGAUAGCACUCGCUCCCACCCCUCAUUUAAUUAUCCCGUAGUAGAUACUGUAACCAAGAAAGCACUUCUCGCUCAUUGGAAGAGGGAGGGUACAUCCAGCAAUGACGUGGUUCAUCAACGGAAGCCACAUGAAGCAUGUAGACUUCUCCUCCUCAACUGCACUGUCAGAUUCCGUUACCCAACUCUGCCCAUCUAUAUAAUUUUUUAAAGAUACAGGCCGUAAAUAAACAGCGAACUCACAUGCAACUGCAUAAAAUUUAUGCAAGACAAGAAGAAAGAGAGAGAGGGUGAAAGCAACAGGACUUUUAAAGCGGAAGGAGAGAGGAAGGUUGGGGGGUGGUGGAACAGGAGUUGGAUGGGGUCGAGGAUGGAUGCAGCGCAUGAGGCAGGUUGGUGUUGGCUAGUGCAGCUGCUUCAUUACUCCUGCUAUCAUUGAUUAUUAUUCGUGUUACCCCAUCGUUAUUAUUAUUGCCUCUAUUAUCACAAGCAAGCAAACUGGAAAUGAGUCAUUGAUUGGCCCCUCCCACCUUCCCAUAUCCCACUAUUUCUCUCCCACUCGCUUCCACUCACUCCCACCUCCACUCCACUAGAAAAACAAAGGAAGGAAGCCGAAACACAGGGACGCCACCUUAAUUCCUUCCUUCCUUUACUAUGGCAACCGAGUGGCAGAUUGGAAUGGGAGCCGCUGCUUCAGCUGCUGCUGCUGCUGCUGCACCGCUCACCGGUAGUGCUUCUCCGGCGUACUUCUACGGACUUCCCUCCACCGACACCCUCCACAUCGACGACCUCCUCGACUUCUCCAACCACGACCUUUUCCCUUCCGCCGAGGCCCAUCUCCUCCCCACGCCCCAGCAGUCAUCAGCCAUCACCACCGCGACCCGCCCUUACGCUGGCAACGCCGACUCCUCCUCCAUUUUCCAAACCCACCACCACCCCUCUUCCUCCUUCCCCGACGACAUCUACAUUCCGAGCGAGGAGGCGGCGGAGCUGGAAUGGCUGUCCAAGUUCGUUGACGAUUCGUUCUCCGACAUCCCCUAUCCAACCGCCGUCACCGGCGUCGUUGCCCCCGCCGGGGAUGCGCAUCUCCGGGCGGAACCCUCCGUUCCCGGCCGGGGAGCCAGGAGCAAGCGCUCCCGGGCUCCCACUGGCUUCGCCGCUGGCGCCGCCUGGUCCUCCAUACCCCCGCCGUCCCAGACCUCGCCCUCCUCCUCCUCGUCGUCGUCAUCGUCCGAUUUCCCACCGUCGAAGCCGAAGGCGAGCGCCGGCAGUAGUAAUAAUAAUAAUAACGGGAGGGGAAAGAAGGGGGGAGGGGAGAUCGGGGUGGAGGGCGGGGUGCGACGGUGCACGCACUGCGCGUCGGAGAAGACGCCGCAGUGGCGGACGGGGCCGCUGGGGCCGAAGACACUGUGCAACGCGUGCGGGGUGCGGUACAAGUCCGGCCGGCUUGUGCCGGAGUACCGGCCGGCGGCCAGCCCCACCUUCGUCCUCACCCAGCACUCCAACUCCCAUCGCAAGGUCAUGGAGCUCCGCCGCCAGAAGGAGCUCCUCCUCCUCCGCCACGACAAUCCAUCCUCCGCCGCCUCCACCUCCGCCCCCGCCGCCCCAGGCCCGCGACCGGAGCUCCUUUUCCACGACUACGGGGUCUGCUAACCCUCGCCGCUGCCGCCGAUGCCUCUCCUCCUCCCUGUCUGAAAUUAAUUUUUCUCCUAAUUUCCUGUUUCUAUAAAUUCUUCGCUUUCGGCUCCAUAUAUCAGACGGUUGGAUUGCUCAAGAUCUUUCUGUUUUUUACCAAAAUAUUUCUCUCUUUCUUUUUUAGAAAAGAAAAUAUUUGGGUUGUUAUCUCGUCCUGCGGUACAAAGACAAUACGGACCGGGGAGGGUGGGGAUCGUGCAGGGAUGGGGAACCACGUGACAUGCUGCUGCCGCGGCCUGCAACACCGCGAGGGAAAUGGCGAAAAGAUAUUCCGGUCACGUGACAGGACCUGGUGAUGGUGACGAGUGGAUGAGAAGAAGGGAAUCAACCGGGGCUCACAUUACUUGCACUCAGUCACCAACUUUGUUUUGAUGAAUGCUGAUGAUGAUUAUCUGCCAAAAGAAAUGGAGAUUCCGUUGA